CGUCUGCAACUGAUUUCACCACAACAUGAGGAAUGGCGAAAUAGUUCUCUCAGCUGGCAGUGUUUAUACCAAUAAAGAGGCUGGUUAUAGAGUGUUCUUCAUCGGGAGAAGAAGCAACUACCAUGUCAUUGCCCACGACCAGAGCCACCACGGCCACGACCACUCACGCUGUGGUCCAGGCUUUGGAAACGUAUAUUCAGAACCAGAAUUUGCUCGGCGAGAUCGCUGAGCUGGACGACAUGCUGUACGAUUUGGUGGACAUGCACAAGGACAACGAACUGGCUCUGAAGCGCGUGCUGCAGUGCAUCCACAACCUGUUGCAGACAAACAGCAAGUAUAACGUUCGCUUUGGCCCAAAAGUGUUUCUCAAACUGGUCUCCGUGGUGAUUGCCGACAGUCGUGAGGAUUCGGCUAGCAGGCGUCAACUGGUGGCCAAUUUACUGGUCUGCGUGCAGCUUCAUAUACGGAAGUUUCCGCGUAUCGAGGCUAAGUUCGUGCUGCAGCAGCUUUGGUCGCUGAGUCAGAGCAAUGAGCGCCAACCACAUGCGGCCCAGAUUCUGGUACACCUCUUCGAUGAUUUUGUCAACAACUUGGGAACGGAAUGCGCCCAGGAACUGCUUGUGCUGGCGCGGAAUCUUCUGCAGUCUGAUGUGCGCGACGAUCGCCGCUCAGCGUAUUUCCUUAUGCGCAAGUUGCAGGAGAUCGAGGAUGUGCUUGCCGCUCUGCAGUGCAGCGAAGUUCAGUGGAGCGCGUAUGUGGGGAUCAUGGAGAACCUGGAGGAGCAGCAGUCCCACCUCGUGCUGCCCACUCUGAGCACCCUGCUGCCACGCAUGGGCUUGAUGUCUAACAAUUUGAGUGAGGAUUGGCUGGGUUGGCUUAGGAUUCUGUGCAUACGCCUUCUGGGCGACAACAACAUCCUCGUGCUGCGCUGGACCCUGAAGUACUUCCUUUCCCAUUUUAGCCUAGAACAGAUAUCGCGCUUCAAUCUUCUAACUGAAUUCCUGUCUGCUACCAAUCGAACGCAGCUGUACAAUCCGGAGGUGCCCGAUUGCCUCACUAAGCAGCAAAUAACUGAUUUCGUUGCCGAAUUCCCGGCGGAGAUUUUGCUGGAAGCUCUUGUUUGCGUUCCCUGGCAUGCAGUCCCCCUGAUCCACUGGCUUCAAACGUGGGAACUAAAGCAGUUGCCGGUGGUUUCCAAGGAGCUGCUGUUUCAGUUGGGCGCUCGCGUUCGCUCCCUCCAAAAUACAGUUUUACGUGGUGAAGCUAUCAACUAUGUGAUUUUCUCGCUAAGUGCGACAAUUGAGAGUCUGUCCUUGGGGGACGACCUGCUCUUCAUGGAGUCUUUGUAUAAUACCAUCGAUCGGUAUCAAUCCCAUUCUCAGCUAGCAGACAAAAUAAACAAAUGCAGCGAUUUGGAAAAACACAUUGCUAGUUUCAACAUUCGUUGCUGCGAACUUGUAUCUCAAAUGGACUAUAAACACGAUGUAUUUGUUGCGUUCUUGGAGAAAUUACGAUCAGUUCCAAAAGCCAAACAUGGCUGGUGGCGACUUUUACCCAUAUUUCUCCAUCGGGAACUGGAUCAUCCCGAAAAAUAUUUAGAUUUCUAUCGCUCUGUCUAUAAUGUAGAUACUUCUUUCUUUGAGAGUGGUGUUAGUAUAGAGCAGAUGCAGCAGCACCUUCUUAAUCGAUUGGAUUGCCAGACCAGAGAGGAAAAGUCCUUUGUGCGCGAGCACUCCGUGGACCUUUUCGUAAAGAUAAAUCUUCCGACCUGGAGCCAGUUGGAAGUGCUUAACCUAAAUCCUUUGGAACUUUUGGAUCAGGGAACUGAAGAAACAUUUACCACCUUGUCGAAUACUUUGUCCACGCAUGAUAAACCAUUGGCUGACGAGAAUGUGUUGGCCGCUUUUAUCUCGCGUUUGGGAAAACUUAAGGUCAGAGAAACGCAAGCCAUCCUCAAAUAUGCCGUAAAAAAUCUUUCGUCAGAAGAGUAUGAAAAGUGCGUAGUGGACGUUUUGGAGAAAAACACCUUUCUUUUGGCUACAAUGGACUGUGAAGAUUAUAUUAAAGCACCCACCUCGUUUGUUAUUAAAAAAAUUGUGGAAGGAGAAACAACUACUGGCGAUGCACGCAUAGAACGCGCUUUUGAGCAAAUCUCGGAUACUGGAGCCAUUAGUCGAGCAGGAUUUAUUCACUAUGCGAAGAACAGCACUAGUUUGGAUAUCAGCUCCAUAUGUGAUGAAUUGCUUAGAAUGAAUAAUGACCUGUCCAGAAAGAAACCACGCUAUUUUGCAAACUGCAAAGAGCACAGAAUGAAAAUGCGAAUAGGAAAAGCUUUGCUUGACCUAAGCGACAGAUGGAAAUGGUCAGAAAACCUGUGGGAAGCUGCCUUGUGCCAUAGCGAUCAGCCCAAUAUAAGCUUUAUGUACGAGUAUCUUGUCUCCAAAAUGCUGCCAAGCAUCGAUCGAUUGCUGGAGCAGUUAAAGCUACUGGCAACUCUAAAGCCGAGCCAGCAAAUCUCGCUUGUCUCUGUAGUCCACACAUACUGCUUGUCUCGCUGGGAAAGUAUAAACCAUGAACAGCUUUCUGAUGUGUUUUCCGUCCUGUUGCCUCUCACAAUGGGAGCAAACUUUCAGACUCGUUUGCUGGCCCAGUUGGUUUUGCAUCGGCUUUGUAACGAGUGCGAUGUUCGUAGCAUUCAAAUGCCAGUGGCUGAUGCUUUAAAAAAGUCCAUUGAAGUAACAUUGGGCGAAAAAUUAAAUGAAUUUCAAAGCGAAGCACGGCUUUUGUUACCGGAACUAGGCAUACAAUGCCCUACAUCCGUUUCGGAUGCCAUUCUGUGGAUGACGAAUGCACCAUUUGAUGAGAAUAUUGCUUUCGUUAGCUGCUCGUAUGCCUUUAGAAUGAAACUAAAUCGCGCCCUUGAAACGUUUAAACGAAAACAAUUGGCACUGAUACCUGAGCUUGCAUCGCCCUUGGCUGCAUUGAACGGAAAUGUGCAGCGAAAAAUGAAUCCCGUUGGAGAUAUAUAUCCAGAGAGUGACUUUGACGUUUCGAGCAAAGCUAGAGUUGAUCGCGAACUCAUUGUGGUGGCCUCGCUUAUAGACAAAUUGCCUAAUCUGGGCGGAUUGGCGCGCACGUGUGAAGUUCUGGGCGUUAAAACACUAAUAUUGGGUCUGAAAUCACAGGCGGAGAAAAGCGAUUUUACAAACUUGAGUAUGACUGCUGAAAAGACUUUAAACAUACUUGAAGUGAAUCCGGAAUCGCUUGCUGGAUUCCUGCUGGAAAAGCAAAUGGAGGGCUAUAAAAUCGUUGGGGCCGAGCAAACAGCACACAGCACAAACUUUGUUGACUUUAAGUUUCCCAAGAAGAGCAUUCUACUUUUGGGGCAUGAAAAGCAUGGAAUACCAGCGAACCUUAUUGGAUUCUUGGACUACGCCGUCGAAAUUCCCCAGUAUGGUUUGGUGCGCUCUCUAAAUGUGCAUGUGGCUGGGUCACUUUUUAUUUGGGAAUAUUGUAAGCAGCACUUAACGAAGGAGUAAAUCCAUAAUUUGACUACCAAUAGCGUAAUUCACAAAUGCCUUUUA